AUGAAGGAAUACUUGAUAUAUUUCGCCCAGGCGUAUCCCAACUUCAGAAGGGCAGAGUUGGAAUCGUUAGCUGCUUACCAUGGCAUUUCCAUAGACUUAUCUCAUCACGAUGAGAAGAAUCCAUUUUUAAUCGUUAAGUUGGAAAACGAUGACCAGGCCCGCAAAAUCAUGGAACGUUCCAUAUUAGGAAGAGGAAUAUAUGAGUUAUGGGGCCGGGGAAAGAACCUAGAGGAAUUACACGAGGAUGUUAAACAAAAAUCGAGCGAAAGGUUUGCCGAAUACAAAAAAGUAUCAUUUAAAUUUGACUUCAUCGGGUAUAUGGGGAAGAGAAGCACUAAGGAGAAAUUUGAGAUGAUAGAAUCUUUCUCGUAUUUAGCGUUCGAAGGUCCGAUUAGAAUGAAAUACCCAGAUGAAAUCUUCAACGUUCUUGAAGAAUACCAUGUUCAUGGGACCGAGAAGGCCAUAGCUCCUAUUAAUAUGUGGUUUGGAAGACAGAUCCAAUUGAGUGCAAGAACUGAGAAUAUAUUAGAUAAAUACGACUUGAGACGCAGAAAGUACAUUGGUACCACUUCCUUUGAUGCUGAAUUGUCUUUAGUCAGUUGUAAUAUAGGUCAGGUUGGACCAGGCAAAAUAACAUACGAUCCAUUUACCGGUACUGGUUCCUUUUUGGUUGCAGCAGCUAACUUUGGUGGAUUACCUAUUGGAUCUGAUAUUGAUAUUCGCAUAUUGAGAGGUAAAAAUGACAAGUGUAACAUCAAGGCAAAUUUCAAACAGUACGGUACUACGUUGAAUUUCUUGGACAUUUUGACCAUGGAUUUUACCAACAAUGCAUUUCGUUCGGAUUUGAAGAUCGAUACCAUAGUCUGUGAUCCUCCAUACGGUGUCAGAGAAGGUUUAAAGGUUUGUGGUGCCAAGGAUCCAGAAAAAGCUGCUGGUAGGGAAAACGUAGUUAUAGACGGAGAGAAAGCCCAUUUAAGAAAAGAUUUCAUUCAACCCAAGAAACCAUACGAAUUGUCGAACUUAUUAGAUGAUUUAUUAAAUUUUGCUGCCAAUAGAUUGCCUAUAAAUGGUAGGCUCGCAUUCUGGAUGCCUACUGCAAACGAUGAUUUUGAACCCAACUUAAUUCCCCAGCACGAAAAUUUGGAACUCAUAUAUAAUCUAGAGCAAGAAUUCAAUAAAUGGUCCAGAAGGCUAUUGGUUUAUGUUAGAAGAGAUGACGAUUUUAAGGGCGAGACUUCUAAUGGGUUAAGAGCGAACCAAAUUAAAAAUUUCAGAGACCGUUACUUUAAGGGGUUCAGCCAAAAAUCUAAAUAG